CGUGUCUUUUCUUUUCACACAGAAAUUGUGCACAAUGGCAUCUGCAAUGUUUGCUCUCUACCUCACAUGUCUGUGCUUGGGGAUAACAGCUCAGACAACUGAUCUGGAAUCCUCAUCUGUUCAUCCUCACAGUGGUUUUCUAUCAGUUAACACUGGGGAAGACUUGACUUUGAAAUGUUACUAUGGCGGUGCUACAGCUGCAAGGCUUUACUGGUACAAGCAAACUCUGGGACAGAAACCAACACUCAUCUCCACUUUCUAUACAUAUGAUAAAAAAGUUUAUUUUGAGGAAGAGUUCAAGAAUAGUUCACGCUUCUCACUGGAUACUGAAAAUGGCAGAUAUCACUUGACAAUCAGAGACUUGCAUAUUUCAGACUCUGCUACUUAUUACUGCAUAAGUUGCUAUCUAUACUCAUUUGACAUGCUGCAGAGCACUUUAAUCACUGUAAUAGAUUCAAGUUGGAACAUCCCAGCUUUGGUCCAUCAGUCAGCGUCUGAGACCAUCCAGCCAGGAGGCUCUGUGACUCUGAACUGUACAGUACACACUGGGAGCUGUGAUGGAGAAUACAGUGUUUACUGGUUCAAAAACUCUCAAGAGUCUCAUCCAGGACUCAUUUACAGCCAUGGAGGCAGGAAUGAUCAGUGUGAGAGGAAACCUGACACACAAACACACACCUGUGUCUACAACCUGCCGAUGAAGAGCCUGAAUCUUUCUCAUGCUGGGACCUACUACUGUGCUGUUGCCUCAUGUGGACACAUACUGUUUGGAGAAGGGACCAAGCUGGACUUUGAGCAUGAGGCAGACACUAAUGUCUUAGUGUAUUUCUUGAGUGGAGCCAUUACCCUGAGUGUGUUACUGGCUAUCUCAGUGUGCAUGAUGAACAAGGACAAGAGAAACAACUGCAAAUCUACAGAGUCUGAUGCAAGAGUUCCAGCUCCCUCCACAGCUGAUGCACAGGGUUACCAACAUGCAGAAAAACUCUAUUAUGCUGCUUUAAGUGUCAACCUGUCCAACAGAUCAAGAAGACAGAGGGAUCAGACCUGGAGUGAAUGUGUGUACUACAGUGUAAAGCAGUAGAACUGGACAUGUAACAUCUGUAUGUUGAGUAAGACAGGAUGUUCUUAGUGCCUACUUUUGACAUGUAAUGUACAUUUAUAUCUACCUUUGAAAUAAAUAUGCUUUUAUUGUUUUUUUGUACAUAAAUUAGGAUACUCUGUAUUAUCUGUGGGGUCUGAAGUGUCUCCACAAUGUUCUUGAAAUUACAAGAUUAUUUUGAGCACAUAUAAAUAAAUGCUUUUAGGACUUUACCUGUAUAUUUAGAAGCUCAGAUCCACUGAUGCUGUAAGAAUCACUCAGGUCAAGAUUAUUGUAUACUAUUGUGUUUAUCCUCAUUGUUUUUUUAACCAAAUCUUAUGUGUGGUUUUGUAUGUGAAAUCUAUGUUGUUAAUAAUUAAAUAAAUAGAAUCAGAAUUUUGGAUCACUUUCAGCUUGAA